AGGGGAGUGCUGGGCCGCUGGCGCUUGCGCGGCGCCGGCUGGCGCGCUCGGCCGUGGGUUUUGCAGCGGCGGGCGUCGGAGCGCGGAGAUGCUGGGCGGAAGGAACCGCCGCUGCGGCGGGCUGUGGAGGAGCCUGUGCCCCGCGGCCGCCGGCGGCAGCGCUUGGCCGCGCUGCCCCAGAGCCCUGAGCGCCGCCUCCCCUAGCAGCGGCGGCGGGGCGCGGAGCGGAGGCACUCCCCCGGCAGGUGCUAGUAAUGUAAAGCCAUUGGAUGGUGUGAAAAUUCUUGAUUUAACCAGGGUGCUUGCAGGGCCCUUUGCCACAAUGAAUUUGGGAGACCUAGGGGCUGAAGUUAUCAAAGUGGAAAGACCAGGAGCUGGUGAUGAUACAAGAGCCUGGGGUCCACCCUUUGCUGGAACAGAAAGUGUUUAUUUUCUCAGUGUCAAUAGAAAUAAAAAGAGUAUAGCUAUCAACAUGAAAGAUUCAAAAGGAGUAAAACUUAUCAGAGAGCUUGCAGCAGUGUCUGACGUUUUCGUGGAAAACUACAUCCCUGGGAAACUGGCUGAAAUGGGUCUAGGUUAUGAAGACAUUAAGAAGAUUGCUCCUCACAUAGUGUACUGUUCAAUAACAGGUUAUGGUCAGACUGGUCCAAUGGUUCAGAGAGGUGGAUAUGAUUCCAUUGCAGCUGCUGUUUCUGGUCUCAUGCAUAUCACAGGGCAUGAGGAUGGUGAGCCAGUUAGACCAGGAGUAGCCAUGACAGACCUUGCUACUGGGUUGUAUACAUAUGGAGCAAUUAUGGCUGGUUUACUUCAGAGGUAUAAGACGGGGAAAGGACUGCACAUUGACUGCAAUCUCUUGUCAUCUCAGGUUGCAUGUCUCACUCAUGUAGCAGCUAAUUACCUUAAUUGCAAAAUUGAAGGAAAACGCUGGGGUACUGCUCAUGGGAGUAUUGUUCCAUAUCAGGCUUUUAAGACCAAGGAUGGGUACCUUGUGGUGGGAGCUGGAAAUGAUCAGCAGUUUGUCACUGUGUGCAAGAUCCUGAAUCUGACUGAAGUUAGUAAGGAUUCCAGAUACAAAACUAAUACACUCAGAGUCCAGAACAGAAAAGAGCUUAUUGACAUAUUGUCAGCCAGGUUUUCAGAAAAAGCAACGAUGGAAUGGUUGCAGCUCUUUGAAGGUAGUGGAGUUCCAUAUGGCCCGAUCAACAACAUGCAGCAAGUAUUCUCGGAUCCUCAGGUGCUGCACAAUGGACUUGUGAUGGAAAUUAGUCAUCCAACAGCUGGGAGGAUAGUUGUUCCAGAUGGAAUGGUGGGCUUCACCCACAUUUUUUGGGAGAAGAGGACUGAGAACAGAAAACAUCAGAAGCCUGCAUGACCUCAUUGGCUCAUCAACUCUGAAAAAUCAAUCCAUGUGUGAUUUCUCCAGUAGAAAAGCAAAUCUUUUACAGAGAUGGGCAUAAAAAGUAGCACUGAAAUGCCUGGCACAGUGAAAAAACAAGGCUUCCUUGGUCUUCAGUACCAUCAGAUUUGGCCUCAGUUCUCUCACCACUUGUACUGCCUUUAAACUCAAGGGCACUUUCUUCUUAGACAGGUUUUGCAUGUUUCCUUAGGAGUGUUUCUUGUGAAUGUCAACCUAAGAACAUCCAAUUGCUUCAAAGUGUAUUUCCUUGAGAACAACUCACAUGCAAAGAAAAAAAAAAAAGCAAGUGUCUGAUAAAGGAAAUCCUUCACUAUUCAUAAAAUAUUUGGGUUAUUUGAGAAAAGAGGAAAUUGCUAAGGAUUAGGUUUACAGCACAUGAGCAUGUCUCAGAAGUGCUACUCUGUAAAGCUUGUCAAGGAAAAAAAAAAAGGAAAAUAAAUCCCAGUAGGCUUCCAGAGUUUUGCAUCCUGUAGUUUAUUACAUUUGUCAGUAAAAGCAGCAAGGAUUAUGGAAGUAGAUUUAUUAAUUUUAUGAAAUCCUGGCACGAAGGAUUGGUGGCCCUCUGAUAGAAAAUGAAGUGGAAGUAUUUUGCGAAAGACAGACAUUGUGUACUUGCAGUGAAGUUAUUAUUGCAGCAAACCUGUUGCAAAUAAAUCGCUGUAGCAAGUCCCUUGGAAGUUACUUGCCUUAAAGUCGGUGGAAUUAUGUUUUAUAUCUUGUUGUGUAAAGGAAGAUCCUUGGAUUCAAUGGGUGAUCAAAUUCCUGAGGGCAGUGUACAGAAUUAGAACAGUUAAUCAUAACCAGUUUGGAAAAAUUUCUUGUUGGUGUUUUAGCAUUUGUUAUUAAUGCCUUAAAGGCACACUCUGCUAAAAUGAAGGUUCAUUUUCUCAAAGGAUCUCAUCCUUUGUACAAGGUCUUCUUGAUCCUUUUCAGGAUCUAUUAUCUGUACGUUGAGAGGAAACUGAGACAAGGACAGUAAGUUGUGCUAAAAAAGUUGUUAACUGAAACAAUUAUUAAACUAUUUAUAAACAAUCUGGUUUUCAGCUCAAGGCAGAAUCCAACAUGUAUGACAGACGAAAAUACUGCCAUUGAGAUCUGAGUUGCUAAAAGCCUUUUCUCAAAGUUCUUAAAUCAUAUCCAUCUGAAAGCAGUCAUAGCCUACUUGCAUAAAAUCUCUUCAAGGACUCUGUUCUGAUCUAGUAUGUAGAUAGUAGGCAGGUACCUGCAUCACAGAGAUAGCGGUUCCACUUGUCUCUAAAUGUUUCAGCACUUCCCGUGGGUAUGUGUAAUCAAGUCCUAUUUUCUCUUAGAAGGGGGUUGAUCCCUUCUGGGCCAUGUCAUAAAAGCUGAAAAGUGGCCUUGCUUUUCUCUUUCUUUGAAAUAAGGAAGUUAAGUGUCUGUCCUGGUAUUGCAGUACGCCCUUAGUAAUCAUGGCAGUCUAUUUCAUUUCUGUCCCAAGUAGUAAGUACCUUAACUCAUAUGAAAAUAAAAAGUAAGUUUGACUUUUCA